AUGUCUUCCAGGUACCCGCCGCCGGCAAGAGAACGCUCACCACCACGAUACGAUCGACGUCCAUCCUCAACGAAUUUCGCUGCCUCGUCUCAGAGAGAUCCUCCCAGAGGCCCCAAGGCCGAUUUUCGAGGUGGCGGUAAUUUCCCCUUCAGCUCCGCUCCACGUGGUCGUGGCGGUGCGUUUGCCCCUCGUCCCAACGAUGGCCGGGAUCGAGACUGGGACCGUGAACGAGAUACUCGGCCCGCGCCACAGUCGUACCGCGGACGGGACGAUGACCGCGCUGAAUGGCCUCGGCGCGACCGCGAUUUUCCUCCUGCCGAUCGACCAGUAGCACCCGCCCGAGACAAUCGAUCUUACGUUGGCAGAGAACGCUCAGCUUCCCCUAUUCGUUCAAGGCGGGAUUCACGGGAAUCUCUUCCUUCCACUUUCCCUCGUGUUCCCGACACUGCAGCGUCCUAUUAUGCCCCGACUGGCCGGGGAGGGCUUAGUCGAGGCAGGGGAAGAGGCGAUUGGGACCGAGGCCGAGGGAGAAGUUCCUAUGCAGGAGAGCGCGAGCGGGAUCUCUUCCACCCUCGAAGUCGUUCACGGGAGAGCUGGCGCGAUCGUGACUUUGAUCGAGGGCGUCCUUUACCAGGUGAUGCGGAUCGCUCUGCUACGUAUGACCGCCGUGAUUAUGACCGUAGUAGAGAGCGCGAAGUUAGGGGUCGGGAUCCACGAGAGCACGACCUCUGGCAGAGGGAGCCAUCUCCUGCCAGAGCCGCGCCCCUGAACGCGGGCAGUUCUGCCGUCGCUUCUUCGGCUGGCGCCACUGAUCGACCUGGAAAGCUCGAUCUUGACGCUGGCAGACGGUCAUCAGUGGUUCCCACCCAGACCGUAGCCGGACGAGACGGUCGACGUGAUGUUGAAGCGUCUGACUAUUUUGGGCCUUCAAGAUUGGACACUUCUCGCCGUGAUCCACCUCAGUCUUUGCAACAGCCUCCUGCCGCUGUUGGUCUUGACUAUGGGCCGCCGCCUUCUUUGCCACCAGUCACGACGCCUGCCGCUGAAAGACCUGCGAUUACCAAGCAACAGCCUCCCAAGCCGGAGCCGGCCACGCCGUCGUCAACCACUUUCAUGCCGCCUAGUGGGCCCAAGGCUGGAAGAGCGAUUAAUGCGACAAAUCUCGGUCAAGCUGGGAAGCAGUCUCUGCACCAGGAGAGCUGGGGUCGCUCCGAACCGCCGUCACGACCGGCACGCGUGGGUCUUGCACCGACUACGAGUCUUCAAUCAUCGGAUAUCAAUCCAAAGAAAGAAGAGCCCUUUUCCGAACCAAAACCAUCUGCUCCCCCGGCCAAUGAACGUUCUUUGCCCCCGAAUAUCCCUUCAGGCCCCCGUCUCGGCAGUGCACCGCCGUAUAAACAGAGGUUGUCUUCGAUUGAACCAAUAGGAUCAGCUCCACCUCCUUCCGCGUCACGGGAAACUAGUUCGAAGCCAUUUGGAGGAGACAGCCGCGCACCAGUCAUUCCCACCGGACCUCGUCUUGACCGGGAAGCGGGCAGACCCCCGUUGAACACAGCCCCGAAGGCCUGGAUCUCCCCUAACGACCGACCAGGCUUCAUACCCACCGGUCCUAGACAGCAAAAUGCAUUUCCAUCCCAGUCACAGAAACCUCGCACACUGCAUGCUUUUGGUAGUCCUGUCUUCAGCGCACCCUCCGGGCCUAAGGCGCUGAUAGCGACCAGUCCCAGACUCCAGGAAGCGAAAAUGACACUCUUACCGCCUAGGAAGCCCGUGGAGGACAUCCAGGCUUCCAGGGACGUUGAUAUGUCAGCGUCUGCAUCGAGUGCUGACGAAGAUGAGGUUGAGGAUGAUUCGUUUGACGAAGAAUACUUUGCGGAAUCCGAGGCAACACAUAAGCGGGAGAUGAAACUGCUCGAGGCUCGGAAACCGCCACCCUUGCUAGAAGAUCCGACCUUGGUGGCGUUGUUGAUCAAGCUGCAGUUCCUUGAGAUGAUCUUGCAGGAGACAGCACCCAGACCUGUCAAGCUUGAAACCGAGGCCGGGAAAGAGGGUAUAGCUACCACCAUCGCGGUCCCAAGGGAAUUGCCGUCGCCAGAUGAGCUGGUCAGAGCCACAACACCGGAGCCGGAACAACAGCUGGCAGACGUUUGGAGACGGCCUCUUAAGGAGACGCCGGUAAACCCGAUACCAACUCCUCCGAUCGAGAGUUUACCGUAUCUCAAAUCAGGGCCUCCUGAGAGGGUUGUGUUUGAGGAAUCCGACAACGAAGUCGAACAUGAAGCCGUUGCAAUCCUCCUGCAGCAGGAGUUUGAGCGGGAAGCAUGGGACUUGCGGGCUGAUCUUGAAGAAAAGCACGCAGAAUUCAAGCUCAAGUAUUCCUUGUGGAAGCAAGAAAUCAACCAAAUAGAACAAGAAAAACGCGAGCAGCAAGCCAGUCCUGCACCUGCCUCUCCUGCACCAUCGGCCGCGCCAUCUGUUACACCGUCACUGACACACGAGCGUACCAGGGGCGCGCGGAACACGACUGAGGCUGACCUGGAAGUCGCGCUUGCAUUGUCCAAGCAGUCGGCGAGGGAAGAGGAGGAGCGGAGAGAAAGAGAGGCUGCUGCCACGUCGUCGCCGAACUACGAUACAGAGGCGGUAAUACCUCCAAUGCUGACCGCGACAGAGAUUGAAAUGUCCCAUUUCGAGGACACUAACAACCUCAUUCCAUACGGAUUGGUGAAGCAUAAGUAUGCUUACUGGCCGCCAGUGGAUGAUUUUACGGCGGAGGAACAAGAAUUGUUCAUCACAGCUUACUGUCAGAAUCCCAAGAAGUGGAGUAAGAUUGCUGAGUCCAUCCCAGGAAGAACGUAUCAGGACUGCAUCACCCACUAUUACUUGACAAAGGAUCAAACUCGAUACAAGGAAAUUUUCAAACGAUCACAGCCCAAGCGGCGUGGCCGAGGAAAAGCUGCAACGAAACCUCGAUCGACCGCCUUGUUGUCAGAGCUGCAGCGUGGCGAUGACACCGAGGGCACACCUCUUGCGGUCACGGACAGUGGUCGGCCCAGGCGAGCAGCAGCACCAACGUUCGGAGAUGCUCCCAAUGAACCCGACCCCUCGACUCCUGUACUCCAAUCCAAGAAGCUUACAGCGGCCUUGUCUAACGCGGAUGCUACUGCAACCAAGACAAGUAGGGGCCGGAAAACUGGCACCGGCGCCAAGACUCGCAAGACGAAAGCGCAAAUACAGGCUGAACAACAGCAGGCCACCGUUUUGGGAACGGCUGAGGCUUCACCCGGCAAAGUUGCAACAGCUACCAAGGCCGAACGAGGACGAACAGCGCUUCGUCCGGGCGAUACAGUGCCCAUGAGAGCUGAUAGACCUCCAGUCCCCCAGCCACAGCGUAUCGUUGACGCCACUCUACCACAGUAUCCCCUACCAGAAAUGCCUUUGAUGCCCGCGGUAGCCCAAGCCGCAACCACAUCAGCAGUGACCAGCUAUUGGUCUGUCCCCGAGCAGCACAAAUUCCCAGAGCUUCUGGCGUACUUCGGCCGCGAUUUUGCGGCAAUUGCAGACUUUAUGAAGACGAAGAGCGUGACUAUGAUUAAGAAUUACUACUCACGGCAAAUCAAUGACGGGAAAGACGAGUUCGAGAAAAUCGCUCAGGUAGGGGACCAGAGACGUAUGGCUGGGGAAGUCAUACCGCAGCCACCGAGUCCAAUCGCUCCUGCCAAGCGCCGUUACGAUACAACGCCGUCGCUCGCGCCAGCGUCUCGGCCUCCCAUACAGCCAGAUCUGAUGAAUGUCGACGGCGAUGCAGUGCUUCCGAUAAUGAAACCGAGCAUCAUAGACGACUUUCCACAAAGCAUUCUCGAGAGGAACUCCACGGGUGACAUUAUACCAAAACCUCGGCCAGUUAUCCGAGAAACACUCCGCGAGGCGCCUCUACCCGGUUCCCUGUCCACGAAGACAGAAGAGCUUUCCAGGUCAUCAAACGACCGGAUCCCUGUAUUUGGGCCGAAGCCGCAUGGUCCUAAAGCUGGCUUUUUCCAGGACGAUAUUGGUUUACAGAACGCACGUCAAAACUUCCGACCACAGCUACAGGAAAGCUCGCCUCAGAUUCUCCCGCAGAGACCGCCGGAACUACCUCGCAAUGAUAUGAGUCAACAACCGACGAUGCCUCCUCUAGCUCAGAGCCUGCUGGGUCCCCGCGAGCCUCUGAUACAGAACGCGCAACGAACUCAGGCACCGACAGCACCUCUUAUUCAAGCACUUCACUCGCAAGCUGACAAGUAUUCCCAACCUGCUGUGUUUCACCCUAGUCAUAGUCGAGAUAACAGCUUGGCAAAACCGAACCAUUCUGCCCUAGAGGCAGCUCAGGAGCUGUCGUCGCUACGUCGUCUCGAAGGUCAACGCCCAACAUUUGGAAGCGCUAUGACGGGUUCUCCGGCGCCAUCAACGACACCAAUGCCAGCUUCUCAACACCCGCGGAAGGAAAUUCCCCAGCCGAGCGUUGCACACCCUCCACAAGACCCUCCGAAGCCUCCUAUCAAGCGGUCCAAUGUAUUCGGUCUUCUCAACGACGAUCCGCCGGCUCCACCACCGAAGCGGCCAUCACUGGAAACGCCACAACGGACUUCGAUCCGCUCGCCGCAAAUCGCACCCCUUUCUUCAGCUCAGAAUUCAUUACAGCAGCCAAGAAGUCAGCUCCAUUCCGAUGAUCCAUUGCUCAAUAGGGCUAUACGAGGGCCGUAUGGCCACGGCAGUGUCCUGUCAGCGAGCGUGGUGCAGCAGACAUCCGCGGAGUUUCCGAGUGCAUUUUCCACUCCUCCCGUGACCACCCCAAGCAAUGAGACGUGGAUGGACCGUUUCGACCCGCGAACGCACGGAGCGCCUGCGGAACAGCGGAAUCACCGGCACUCUCCCGCACCCUCUCCAUAUUCUGUUGUGCCUCCGGGCUCGCAACCUCCUUCUCUCCACGGUAUGCGGGUCGACACACCUCGAAGCUUGGACCGACUUGGACUGGAUCAUCGCCGGGCUCUACUGGGCCAAGUGAACCAGAUGCCUCAUGUGCCUUCUCCGCCACCUCAGCAGCCUACGCAGCCUGUACCACCUCUGCGCUCAGCGUCAAGCUCGUCUCAACAUGCCCGGGUUGCGUCACUUGGGUAUCCAAGCUCGCAGACAAGCCAGUCCUCGUCGCUGGGCAAUCCGCCUGCCCCACAGGGUCAUCCACAAUCGGCGGGCUCAACUCCAGUAUCAGGCCUUCACCAUCGUCCUCAACCCUCGCUUGACUAUCCACCGCGACUGACCAUUCAACAACACAUGGCUCAGCAAACUCAACAGAAGCAACAAGAACAGCAGCGAGAGCAUGAGCGACACAUCCAGCGACAGCGAGAAAUGGACGUAGUGGUGCAGCGGGAACGGGAGCGGGAACGAGAACAUCAACAGCAGAUGAGACGCGACAUUUAUGGCAUCGAUCAACUUGGGACGCAAAUCUCUCGGCAAAACCAGUUGGGUGCUACGGCAAACCAGAGCCACAUGGCUUUUACUCAACGUGAGAUCCCUCGAACAUUCACGCCGCCCCAUCCCCAUAGUCAUGGCCAUACUCACUCUCACUCCCACUCGCAAUAUGCCGGUCAUGGCCCAGUUGGCCCAGGAGGGACGCAUGGUCUCCAACACCCGCUCCAGCAUGGCCUUCCGCACCAACAGCAACCAGGGGGUCCUUCUCUCCAUCCGAGUUUGCAUCACCCUCAUCACGCUCAACUCCAUCCAGGUGGACAUCCAGGACAUUUUCGCAACCAGAGUCAAGGAGACGCGAGACGCGACGGACGGGGAUAG